CGACCGGCUAUAUGAGGAGACGAACAUCAGCUGCGUGGUGGUCUCAUCGCUCAGGAUGUCAUCGAGCUACUAUGAGGGUGAGCAUGAUGAGAGAAUCUCUGACUCUCGUUUUGACUGCUUUACCCAGCGCAUCGAGGCAACGAGACCAUUCCCGUUCCUAACCGACUAGCACGCGAUGUACAGUCGACUCAAGCGGGUGAUAACCGGCAUUCUCGCCACUCACAGCGAAGCUACAACAUUCCCGGUUUGCCAAAGGGUCACUCAAACCCUAGGUCCGAGGUCCCGGGAUGUGAAAAUCGCCAAGAACCACGACCGUGAAGUAGGGUGCAUCACCAGCACACGAUCAGCGGCAGAAGACGGACAAACGGCGUUCGGUAAAGGACCGUAACAAAAUUCGAGUGCCAGGCAUAGCUGGAAAUUGGCCGAUCUCUCUAAGGCAAUGAACACUGGACAUAGCGUCGGGUGAGCUCUUCCUCAAUUGGUAAGCGGAAAGCAGCGGAUGAUGUGCUGAUACGACAUUCCGCCAUUGCUGCAUAAUGAGCCGGGGCUGGCUGGUAGCGUGUCUCAGCUCCAAGCAGUAAUGGACUAGGCAUCCUCGAGUCCGUUCCUUGAGAUUGUGGUUGUUGGAUUAGCCAUGUUG